AAAAAAAAAAGAAGAAGAAGAAGAAGAAGAAGAAGUAGCUCUCUCUGUUUUCACGUUUAAUACUGAGAGACCUCCAAACAAAUGCGACCCUUUUGAAUGCAGACUACCAGAAGAUUGCAAUUGAAGAAGGGAUGUCAACUUGGAUGCCUGCUGUGUGGACGCCUGCCCACCACGAAACAUAUAUUGAUCUAUGUCUUGAACAGACAUUAAAGGGGAAUAAACCUGGGACACAUUUUAAUAAGGAGGGUUGGAAUAAUAUCGUUGAAUCAUUUUAUGAAAAGACUGGUUUUAGGUACGAUAAUAAACAAAUAAAGAAUCACUGGAGUUUUACCAAGGAACAAUGGAAAGUCUGGGUUAAGCUAAUUGGUGAUAGUAGUAUGAAAUGGGAUCCAGAAACCAAGACAUUUGGUGCUAGCAAAGAGGACUGGGACAAAUAUAUAGAGGCAAACCCAGAAGCUGCACAAUUUAGAUUUAAGGAACUCCAGUUCACUGAAAAAUUGGAAAUUAUCUUUGAUGGAACAAUAAAUGCUGCUGACACAGAAGCUUCUACUGGCCGUAAGAGGCACAAUGGUAGUUCGACCUCCUCCCGUUUGCUUAGAAAAGUGCAAAGGACAACAAUGCCAAAGGGGAAGAAUGACAAUUCAUGUGAUGAUGAAUCGAGGAGUGCUGUUAUGGUUCAGUACACACAUGGCACACCAAUGGCUAGUGAACAAAGCAUGUCUAGUUCAUCACCUCGAAAGGCGAAAGCAACUUGGAUGCCUGCAAUGCACAAAAUAUUCAUUGAUUUAUGUCUAGAACAGACAUUACAGGGGAAUAAACCUCAAACACAUUUUAAUAGGGAGGGUUGGAGGAAUAUUAAUGAAUCCUUUCAGAAAAAGACUGGUCUGAGUUUUGAUAGAAUACAGCUAAAGAAUCAUUGGGAUGUCACUAAGGAACACUGGAAAGUCUGGUCUAAGCUAAUUGGCACUGGUAGUAUGAAAUGGGAUCCAAACACCAAUAAAUUUGGUGCAAGUGAAGCAGAUUGGGAAAGUUAUUUACAGGAAAACCCAGAAGCUGCACAAUUUCGUUUUAAGGAACUUGAGCUUGCUGACAAACUGGAGACCAUUUUCAAUGAAAUAACAGUUCCUGGAGAAAGUAAGCGUGCUAGUCAACGUAAGAAGUACAAGUAUGCUUCAAAAAAAUCUCUCUUACACAACAAAGAACCAGACAUACUGAAGCCAGAUAAGAAAACUGAGCUUCUUUGUGAUGCUGUUGAAUUAAGAGGUGCUGUAAUGAUGCAGAAAAGAAUGGAAAUGGUUCCAUCUACACAAGUCAAACCCACUUAUAGUAUUGGGGAGUGCAUUGAUUGUCUUGAUGGGAUGGAGGAAGUGGUACAAGGAAGUGACCUCUACUUGUUUGCAUUAGAUAUAUUCUUGAAGAAGGACUACAGGGAAGUUUUUCUUCAACUGAAGAAGCCUAAUGUAAGGAUUGCAUGGUUGCAGCGCCUGCAAUCACUUGAUCCACCUUUGAAAUAGAAUGCUGAAUUGUUUUGAUCUCUCCUUUUCUUGGUACAGCUAUAGGUAGUUUUUGCAUAUGACUAGCAAUUAAAGUGGUGGUUUUUAUAGACUUAUAAGGACUGGUUGUCAGAUCAUUUUCUUUCAUUUGCUUACAAAUUAUUUAGGUGGUCACCUCUAUCUUACUGUUACUGACUUACCGUCGUUUUUAUUGGCAUAGUCCAUAAGUUAGCACAAUUGUGCACUUUAAGUUGAGAUUUCAGAGA